CCGCCGCCGCCGCCGCCGCCGCCGCGAGACCCCCGCGCGCCGCGCUCCCCCCGCCCUUCGGCCCCGCGCGCCCUCCGGCCCGGCGGCCCCGGCGGCCCCAGAGAAGAACGAGAGGGCGAGCGAGCGCGGCGUUCCCGGGCCGGCCUGGCCCCCUCUCCUCACCAUCGCCGGCCCUCCGCCGCCUUUCUCCGCUUCCACCUUUUCUCCUCUCCCCCCCAAGUUGAGGCCCCCUCGGGGGGGGGGGAGGACCGGGACCGGGAGUGAAUUCCCCUAACUCCUUCACCCUCUCCCCGCACCUGGCCCCAGGGUGAGGAGAAGGGCCCGGCCCGGCCCGCGUCGUGUGUGAGGAGCACCCGGGCCGGCCCACGGGCCGUCUUGGGCCUGGUCCGGCCCGCCGGGUGUGUGAAGACCGGGGCCCGGUGCGGCCCGGCCCGAGGGCGAGCCGAGGGGAGGGGCCUGGUCCGGCCCGGCCGGUGCGUGAGGACUGGGGCCCCGGCCCGGCGCCGCCGCCGCCGCCGCCGCCGCGAUGGCCCAGCAGCAGAUGACCAGCUCGCAGAAGGCCCUGAUGCUGGAGCUGAAAUCCCUGCAGGAGGAACCGGUGGAGGGCUUCCGGAUCACCCUGGUGGAUGAGUCCGACCUCUACAACUGGGAGGUUGCCAUCUUCGGACCCCCCAACACCCUCUACGAAGGAGGCUACUUCAAGGCGCAUAUUAAAUUUCCUAUUGACUACCCAUAUUCACCACCUACCUUCAGAUUCUUGACCAAAAUGUGGCACCCCAACAUUUAUGAGAAUGGAGAUGUAUGCAUUUCAAUUCUUCAUCCACCCGUAGAUGACCCACAGAGUGGUGAACUGCCCUCCGAAAGGUGGAAUCCUACUCAGAAUGUCAGGACUAUCCUGUUAAGUGUAAUCUCAUUGCUUAAUGAGCCCAACACCUUCUCCCCAGCCAAUGUGGAUGCUUCAGUUAUGUUCAGGAAAUGGAGGGACAGUAAAGGAAAAGACAAAGAAUAUGCUGAAAUCAUUAGAAAACAGGUUUCAGCCACGAAAGCCGAAGCAGAAAAGGAUGGAGUGAAAGUCCCCACGACCCUGGCGGAAUAUUGCAUCAAAACUAAAGUGCCUUCCAAUGACAACAGCUCAGAUUUGCUUUAUGACGACUUGUACGACGAUGACAUUGAUGAUGAAGAUGAGGAGGAGGAAGAUGCCGACUGUUAUGAUGAUGAUGAUUCUGGGAAUGAGGAGUCGUGACCUGCUCCUUCGAAGCCCCUGUACUGCCCUGCCAUCUCAGGCCAAAGGGAGGGGAGCAGGUUGGGACCUAGCAGUGGCCCCUCAGCAAAAACCUGUCACAGGGGGUGGGGAAACAAACACGGCUCCUGCUGCUCCCCGUGUGGAUCUCAGUUUGCUCCUUUUUAUGGACCUCUUAAUGGAGAGAAGGCAAUCCUCCACAGAAUGUCCGAAUUCUUGCAUUCUUUACCCUUCCAUCACUGUAUUGAUUUUUUUCCCCCCUUUAAACCCAAACCCCUGCCUCACUUCGUCUCUACAAAGUGUUCACAGCAAAACACGUUUGGUCUGUUUUUAGAUUCUUGGAGAAUUAAAUAGUCUUUCAUCAA